AUGUCUAUUGGUUAAUAGCCGAAGCUCGUUCCAAAAUCGAAGAGAAUCUAUAAUCUCAUCACGACACACCAAAGCCAAAACCUUUAUUGUCGGAAGCUGACUCAGACUCAAACAAUGUCUCUAGCGUCAAUUAUAUGCUAAAUUCACCAGCCGCUUAGAGCCAAUCAUAUAAUCUCGAUUCUCUUCAACGGUCCUCAAUUAUCCUAAAUUCAGAUCAUAAAAACGCUAACUUUUAAUUUCUUUCUUUCUGAGAAAUUGGUUCUCAUCGUUGGAAUCGAAAAAUGGGACGAAUCGGUUUAGUAGUGACUGAUCUGGUAUUGUCGUUCAUGUGGAUAUGGGCAGGAGUUCUGGUCAACAUUUUAGUCCAUGGAGUUCUUGGAUUUAGCCGGACCGAUCCUUCCGGUGAGAUCGUUCGUUAUCUCUUCUCUAUCAUCUCCAUGUUCAUCUUCGCCUACCUUCAACAAGCCACCAAAGGCGGGCUUUAUAAUCCUUUGACCGCUUUGGCUGCUGGAGUCUCCGGUGGCUUCAGCAGUUUCAUCUUCUCCGUCUUCGUUCGAAUCCCCGUCGAGGUAAUAGGAUCAAUUCUUGCGGUUAAGCAUAUCAUUCACGUAUUCCCUGAGAUUGGGAAAGGACCUAAACUAAAUGUAGCAAUUCACCACGGUGCUUUAACAGAAGGGAUACUAACAUUCUUCAUUGUACUGCUCUCAAUGGGACUAACAAGAAAAAUCCCGGGAAGUUUCUUCAUGAAGACUUGGAUCGGUAGUCUUGCUAAGUUAACUCUUCAUAUUCUUGGCUCUGAUCUUACCGGUGGAUGCAUGAACCCUGCAGCUGUUAUGGGAUGGGCUUAUGCACGCGGUGAACAUAUAACGAAAGAGCAUUUACUUGUGUAUUGGCUUGGACCUGUGAAGGCUACGUUGCUUGCAGUUUGGUUCUUCAAAGUUGUGUUUAAGCCUCUCACCGAAGAACAAGAGAAACCUAAGGCCAAAUCUGAGUGAGGAAUGAGGAAUGAGCUCAGCUUUCAUAUUUAAUCCUCUCUGGAUAAAUCUCCUUUACACAAGACACAGAGGGUAGGAUUGUUUCCAGGGAUAUUUUCGUAGAUUUUGUAAUGUGUUUUUUUUUUAUGUUGCAAACUCAACUGUAUCAACCAGUUCAAUAAAAUCUGAAAUUUAAGUAAGUCCAAUGCGCAAUAUGAUCAAAUAUAUGCAGUAAAAGUUUAUUGC